AUGCAGAAGCAACUACGCACCCUCUGCGUCGACGAUAAUGCCAUGAACCUGCGUAUCCUCGAUCGAACACUUCGCCACCACUUUCCAGAUCUUGUGGAUCACGAUGCCUUGUUGCACGCCGCAGAUGGAUUUCAGGCAUUGGCACACUACAAACAGCAUGCGCAACAACUCGAUUUAGUGCUCUUGGAUAUCGACAUGCCAGGCAUUUCUGGUGUACAAGUUGCAGAACAAAUCCGCGCCACGCCGGAAGGUGCAGCAUUGGUGAUUAUUGCCUGCACAACGAGUGACACACCAGCAGCGCGGGCGCGGUAUGCCGCUGCAGGGAUCGAUGGCUGUGUGUGCAAACCUAUCGAUUUGCGCGAAUUGGAUGGCGCGCUUAGGCUGGGCAUCCAGCUGCGUCGUCCGGAUCUACGAAUUGUCGAGGAGACUGUGCGGCUCGAGCAGGAACAACCAAAGGAUGUGCAAACACUACAGAGUCCCUAUGCCCUCAGAGUCAGGCAUUUCAGCCUACAGGAAGAUGCACUUCCGACGUUGCGACAGGUGACUCUUGCCAAACAGCAACAACAAACUGGACUACCACCGCACAUCGGUAUCCUUCUCACUGGUGUUCCCGAGGAAAUGCAAGGAAUCCGCACAUCAGCUUGCAGUAGGCCUCCUGCAUGUCCAAUUGGCAGGCGACACUCCAUGUGCGUGGAACACCCGUUCAAGCUGAGUCCUGUACGUGUCUGCAUCGAGCCUCAAGCCAGACCCAGGUUGUGUCAAAUGCCUUCUUCCGCGUCGCAUCCUGAAUGUGCAGUGCCUGCAAUGACGGAUGAUUCCACUGCGAGUAGUCCAGCGACAUCAACAACUUCAGAAACAAGGUACUUUAUGCGACCCUUGACUGCAUCUACGACUAGCAGCCAGGAAUCUUUACCCUUGCUCGAUCGAACACAAUCGGCUGCAGCGGCCUAUUCGGUCGUCGGACAAUCUACACUCGAUCGUUUUGCAUCUGCUGCGAAACGAAGGCUUCCGCUCCGAACACGCACACCAGAAAUUCUCAUGCAACCGGCAGCUCAAGUUGCCGCUAAAUGA